GAAAGGUGGACAGUGACGCCUUUUGUUUAGUCUGCGAUGUCCUUUUUGGCAUGAAUGAGACCCAGCUGGCAACCAACAAAAGAUUUGAGGAGGUGACUGAUUUGAUUGAGAAGGUUUGCCCCCUCCUGCCAGGGUCCUUGAACCAACAGUGCAAGGGCUUCCUUGACAUUUACGGACCCGUGCUGCUCAAACUGAUCGUGGACUCCGAGCUCAGUCCAAUCUGCAAAGACCUCGGACUUUGCACUCCCUCCAGCCUUCUGCAGCCGAGACUUAGGUUGACCGUUGGAUCGGUCCAAUGUGAUGCCUGCAGGACGGUAGUCACUGUGAUUGAAGACUCGGUGAAAUUCUUGGUGAAAGAGAUCGCAGACAUAAUACUGGAAUUGCUUGCCAAGCUCUGUGAUCUGCUCCCACAGACUUAUCAACAAGAGUGUAAGAACUUGGUUGAGUCGUUCGGCUCCUACAUUGUGGAUCUGGUUGUGGAUCUGAUUGUGGAGUUUUUGUCACCAGAUACUAUCUGCGAGGCUCUGAUGUUAUGCAGCGAGUCCAGGAAGAGCCUCCCUCCAGCCAACAACUGCAUGCUGGGCCCAGUGUUCUGGUGUGCUAGUAUGGACAACGCCAAACUUUGCAACACUGUUGAGCAUUGUCGUCGCCACGCCUGGAACUGA